CCUCCGCUCAGUCCUUAGUUGCAGUGUUAAAAGCUUGUGUUCAUUUCCCCCUCACCCCCUCCUCCACUCCCACAUCAGCCUCUAUGUCAGCUGCAGCACUAAGCGGAGUAGUACUGCUGCUGCCUGGAAAUAAAGAGCACAGUCAAGACAAGGGAGAAAUGAACGGCAGCUUUCCAUACUACAGCAACACUCAGCUGCUCUGGAUAUCUGGCUGCACAGGGAAGGAUCCUUGAAGCUAUCUGGAAGUUGGGGUUCCUCUAGUCAUCGCAUCAACUGCGUUCUCCUAAGGCAAUGAACCUUAUACUACUGGAAAAGUCUGCAGGAAAUCAGCACCUCCAUACAUGCUUCCUCACAAGUUUUGCCUCAUUGGAGUGCAUCAGCAAUAGCAACUUUCACGAGUAUGAAGGCUACAGAAGCCUCACAGUAGUCUCACCAGGACAACUUGAAUGAGUAAUCGCAGGGGGGCAUCAGACUGACAAGUGAUUUUUGGAUACACACAGGAUGUUUAGAGCUGCCACCUAAUUUGUGAAUGUAGCAAUGGAUGUCCCCUGUGCCUGAGAAUGACUUGUACCAACACAUAUAAGGUGAUUAUUGAUAUCUCUAUUAGUUUUACAUCAGAACGAGCAAUACUAUCAGAAUUAUGUAGAUAGUGAAGGAAAGGCUUUGUUUUAAGUGCUAAACUAAACAGAGUAAAAUAGAAUGCGAUCUUAUACAUUUCCUUUAAUAUUGAGUGAUAUUAUGGACACUUAAAAUAUACUAUGGAUACUAAGUGAAACAUGAAAAACAGCAAUCGAUCAUAGUAACUAGGGUAAAUUAUGAGCAAUGCCUUUUCAUGUUUCUAGCAAGGUUCAUACAGCUUUCUGGGGAUUUUUUAAAUAGUAUUUUUGCAUUUCCUUCUGAAUCUUUGGGAUUUUUGAGCCAUUGUAACGCACAGCAUAUUAAGCACAAAAUCUUAUCUGCAUUUUGGCUACAUAAUUCAGCUGCUGAAGACUACUACUAUGGUCAGGGAUUUUCCACUUUUCAGCCAUUUCACGAUGAGGGAAUAUACAUGUAUCCAGCUCCCUGUAGCUGUGAUGUAGUUAUUGAAAAACCUCUUAAGAUUUCCUGUAUGCUGUAAACUGGCAGAUUGUUCAUCCUCCGUGAUGGAGCCACAAACCCAAUGCCAACCAGCUGCUGACAAUUUGAAUGUUUCUCAAACCAAUUACUCCUAUGAUGGUACAAGUUGCAUUUCAGAUCAGAACCUCUAUGAUCAGGAGUCUGGUUUGUCCUUCUGGAGCAUAAUCCUUACCAUUAUCUUAGCUAUCAUUACUCUUGCCACUUUAUUGUCCAAUGCAUUUGUAAUUGCAACAGUGUAUCAGACCAGAAAAUUGCACACGCCUGCCAACUAUCUCAUAGCUUCAUUGGCAUUCACGGACCUUUUAGUGUCUAUUCUUGUCUUGCCAAUCAGCACCUUGUAUACUGUAACUGGUAAAUGGACUUUGGGGCAGAUCAUAUGUGAUAUGUGGUUGUCAUCAGAUAUCACUUGUUGCACUGCAUCUAUUCUGCAUUUAUGUGUGAUAGCAUUGGAUAGAUACUGGGCAAUCACUGAUGCAGUUGAAUACACAAAGAAAAGAACUCCAAAAAGGGCGGUUAUAAUGAUAGCACUUGUGUGGGUCUUCUCAAUAUCGAUUUCAAUGCCCCCUCUUUUUUGGCGUCAAUCAAAGGUAGAAGAGCUCACCAAAUGUGCCGUCAAUACAGAUCAUGUUUUGUAUACUGUUUACUCCACUGUCGGGGCAUUUUAUUUACCAACAUUACUACUAAUUGCCCUUUAUGGAAGAAUCUAUGUAGAAGCCAGGUCUAGAAUUUUGAAACAGUCUCCGAAGAGCACAGGCAAAAGAUUGACAAGGGCUCAUCUAAUAACUGAUUCCCCAGGAUCUUCUUCUGUGUCCUCAACCAACUCAAGGGCUGCAGAUGUGUCAAGUGAUACAAGUUCUCCAGUAUACUUGAAUCAGGUCAAAGUUAAAGUAUCAGAUGCUUUACUAGAGAAGAAGAAGAUAAUGGCUGCCAGGGAGAGAAAGGCAACCAAGACUUUAGGGAUCAUACUUGGAGCUUACAUUGUCUGUUGGUUACCAUUUUUCAUCAUUUCAUUGGUUAUGCCCAUUUGCCAAGACGCUUGCUGGUUCCAUCCUGCUAUUUUUGACUUUUUCAACUGGCUUGGAUAUCUCAAUUCUUUAAUAAAUCCAAUAAUCUAUACAAUGUCAAAUGAGGACUUCAAGCAAGCAUUUCACAAACUGAUUCAUCGUUUUAGUUGCCCAUCAUGACUUUAGCUCCAAUGUUCUUCUCGAUGCUACAAGAAUGCACUUGUCUGGAUCUGUUAGUGCAGAACCCAGUCGAUAUUGUAAAGAAUCACUGCCUGAAACUCUCUAUCCUGAGUUGUCAGACUCAUGAAUGCUGCUGAGCACAAAACGUCAAUACAUACUGCCAUCCUACUGUUCAGCUCCGCAUAUCACUGCUAUGACUCUAGCAAUGAUGCUGCUUAAAUAUUCACUCAUGUCAAAAGCAAAGAGUUCACCUUCAAAUCAAUGCUUACGAUUAACACCUGGAUCGGAACAUUAUAGACUUAUAUAUUGUUUUGUUUAUAUUUUUUCUCAUGUUUGAUUUAACUCAUAUCAUUGCCUUUUCGACUUAACUAGUCUGUGAAAUUCCUUCCAUGCAAACUGUAGGGGAGUGCAUAGUUGUUAUGUUUAAUGUCACUAGUAUUAAUGUGUCAAUGUGUAUGCUUGUAAUUUCUUUAUGUAGAGAAAAGUCGUUAUGAUUUUGAAGAAGCGCGUUAAAGAUGUGUCACAGUGUGCAGGUUGCCCACUCAUUACAGCUUUCUUGGUAAAUGUGGUGUGCAGGAGUGUGCAAAAGCUACCUUGAUGUGUACCCAACCAAUCUGAAUCACAUGGUGAUCAUAAAUUCUUACAAUUUCUUGUCAAUAAUGACUGUAUGUAUAAAUGUUUCAUCUUUUUGAUAGCUAGAUCAUUGGAACAUUUGCCCUUCAGAUGAUCUCUUAACACAUGAUUUGACAUGCCAAAAGUAUUUCAAUACUCAAGAAGAUAAUGCACAGUAUUUGUCAUUAAGCUAUGGUUGAUGCACACCCCUACUACAUCAAGCACAGAGAAUGUAUGUUUUUUUUUUUGCUUAAGAAAUAAGCCUACCUAUAAUGUAUUUACUGUACACUGUCUGAAAGUUCAAAUGGCUUUAUAUUUCCACAAAAACAAAGUCACACAUGUGCAAAAUAAAUGACUAGAAUUCUGAAGCAGAUCAGUUCAAUUUAUUUUCAGAUUGUGUUUUAUGAACAUGGACACUGUGAAAGAGGUUUAAAGCAGUAAAGAAGCCAUAAAAUAUGCCACUGAUCAGAAUUGUUGUGUUAUAAAUUGUGUUACAUGUCUAGUUCCUUAUUUGAGUUGUCCAAGUAUGUUGAAUAAGCAAACAUAGGUUUAUUUAUUAAAUAUAAUAAAACAAAAUAUUUUUCCUUU